GUGCGUUUCCAUCGGAUCGUACUGCUUCAGAUGCCGCUCGUGAUUUAGAUUAAUUGUAGUUAUUCCAACCAAAAAUUAAAGAAAAAGUAUAAGAGCAAGUGCACUAAAAUCUUUUCUAGCAGACAGUUUAAAGGCCAACAUAUGCAUUUGAGCGAUUGCAGCUAGCAUGCAGCAAGAAAACAAAGUCCCUCCGGCGGAUCAACAAAGCACGUGCUUAUACCUGACCCCUAAGCCACAGCGUAGGUGCUUCACGCGCAAGAAACGAGCGGCCAACGACGAAUCCCGGCAGUGCUUGCAAUCCAUCAGCUCGAACGAAAAAACGCCGGCUGCAGAGGCGAAGCGAGAACGAUUGUCUUAACUGCCUAGCCCUAGCGCUUUCGUGCUUAAUACCAUAAUAGUAUAAUGACUAAGUUAGAAUACCCAGAAAACGAGCGUGAACGAGCGUUGGAAAACGUGGAUAAAAUGCUUUUAAGGAUUGCCUCCGAACUACCGACACUGCUAGGGGAAGUGUGUUCUGCCAGCACUGCAUUAAAGGACACAAAGCGGUGCAACUUCAGUUCGCUGUGCGCGGUGACUAGCGAACUUCCACCUAGCAUUGCCACUGAGCUCCGAAUAGCCAAUGAGGUAGCAGAUAGCAAGCAGUUUUUCCACUGCACCAAGGGGAUAGCGGAUGCAUCCGACAGACUGACGACGCUAAUGGCGGAAGCAAAGCAGACCCGUCGUAAACUCGACCAGUUUCUUGCAAUCAACACGGCAGCGGCGGAACAGCAGCAGACGCAGCUCCAGAGGUCGUGCAUUUAUCUCGACCAAGCACUGGGCCUACUGUUUGCCCUAGAUCUUGAGCUGCACGAGAUAAAGCUUGCCGCCAGUGCGCUGUACCUGCAUGGACAGAGGGCAGGAGCCGCCCAGCUGCGGGAAACGGAAGGUUUGAAAGGCGCAGUAGCACGUCUCGUGGCAAUUCUCUCAUCAAAGCACUUCACCUCAACCCUGGCUACGAUAGUUUCACAAUAAACCAAUUACCGCUGAGCCAUUGCUGGUUGGCGUAGGAUGUGUUUGAUGGCGUUCGUGCGUUGAGCACAACACGCAGAGUCGUCCUGAUCGGUGGAGCAGUCUGCUGGAGCACGCCAUGCACGAACUGCCUGCACAAACCUAGCCUGAACGCGUUCCCGCACACACACAUACACACCCAAAGUCACACACGCACACACGCACGCAGUAACCGAGCAGGCGAACGGAACCCGUAACAGAGUCCACGCGUUUCAGCGUUAGCGACAGCCCUUUGUUGCACACUUCCAGCGCGGGUUCCGUCGCGUCGGUACUCCACCACACCUCCUCCCUCCCCUUCCCUGCCCGUUUGCUUUCCCUCCCGGCCGCCUCCCCGGUAGCGUGUGGCUGGUGGGUGUGAUGGCCAACACUGCCCAUCUGUUCCGCAGGCAGAGCUCCCGGGAUUUGAUCCAGCAGGCGACCGUUCGCAGCCUAGAUGAGCUCGAGCUGAGAGAACUGCGCAGCCGGCUGGUGCGGGCGGAGAACGGCUCGCAGAAUGUGGUGUACGGUGCGACGAACCAGGCGUUCAUCAGCGACGAUGAUCCACCGAUGGCGCGCAUCCUGGACAUUGGACCGUCCGGGACGGGGCCACCGGGCAAGGAGGCGCGCAAGCUCGCCAUGCAGGCGUCCAUCGUGUCGCAGCAGCAACAGCAGGAGGCCGCCAUCGCCGAGCGGCCGGAAGACGAGCGGGAAAGCUGGGACAGCAAGUGGACGUUCCUGCUCGCCACCAUUGGGUACGCCGUUGGGCUUGGUAACGUGUGGCGCUUCCCGUAUCUGGCGCAGAAAAAUGGCGGCGGUGCGUUCCUGGUGCCGUACUUCGUAAUGCUGCUGCUGCAGGGCCUGCCAAUCUUCUACCUGGAGCUCGCGAUCGGGCAACGCCUGCGCAAGGGUGCGAUCGGUGUGUGGCACGAGGUGUCCGCCUAUCUCGGCGGUAUCGGCAUCUCCUCCGCCUUCGUCAGCUACAUCGUGGCGCUCUACUACAACACCAUCAUUGCCUGGUGCCUGAUCUAUCUGCUGCACAGCUUCGAAACGCCGCUGCCGUGGGCCGAAUGUCCGAAGCGGCUGUUCAAGAACUUCACCUACGACAUCGAGCCGGAGUGUGUGGUGUCGUCGCCGACCAAGUACUACUGGUAUCGCGAAACGCUCCAGGUGUCGCCGAGCGUCAACGAGCCGGAGGAGAUCAACUACACGGUCGCGCUGGCCCUCAUCACCGCCUGGUCGCUCGUCUACCUGUGCAUGGUGCAGGGCAUUACCGAGUCGAGCAAGAUCGUCUACAUCACGGCCAUCUUCCCGUACGUCGUGCUGAUCAUAUUCUUCUUCCGCGGCAUCACCCUCAAGGGCGCAUCGGACGGCAUCGCACACCUGUUCACACCACGGUGGGAAUCGAUUCUGGAACCGGUUGUCUGGUUGGAGGCCGGUACGCAGAUUUUCUUCUCGCUCGGGCUAGCGUUCGGAGGGCUGAUCGCCUUCAGCUCCUACAAUCCGGCCAACAACAACUGCUACCGGGAUGCGCUCGUCGUGUCCGUUACCAACUGCUCCACGUCUAUGUUUGCCGGUGUGGUUGUAUUUUCAGUCAUCGGCUUCAAGGCCACCUCCAUCUAUGACAGUUGCGUCGAGGAGCGCUCGGAGAUGAUACGUCAGAACAAGUCGCACGACCUCUUACCUGUUUGCGAUCUGCAAAAGGAGCUGGAAAAUGUAACAUCCCGCCGAUUGCAUCGAUCAAGUUCGUUUACUAUAAUUUCGGUUUUUCCACAUCUUCUCAUGCAGAGCGCAUCCGGUACCGGGUUAGCAUUCAUCAUCUUCACCGAAGCGAUCAACCAGUUCCCGGCGGCGCAGCUAUGGGCCGUUCUGUUCUUUCUGAUGCUGUUCACGCUCGGUAUCGAUUCACAGUUCGGCACGCUGGAGGGCGUCAGUACCUCGCUGAUGGAUAUGAAGCUGUUCCCCAACGUGCCGAAGGAGAUGAUCACCGGGGCCCUGUGCAUGUCCUGUUGUGUACUGUCCCUGUGCUUUGCCAACGGUGCCGGUAGCUACAUCUUCCAGCUGAUGGACAGCUUCGCCGGCAGCUACACAUUGCUUAUAAUUGCGUUUUUCGAAUGCAUCGGUGUCAGCUACAUAUACGGGCUGAAAAGGUUCGCGGACGACAUCGAGCUGAUGACAGGUUCGCGGCCAAGCCUUUACUGGAUGCUCUGCUGGAAGUACAUAUCCCCGAUCGCAAUGAUAACGAUUUUGGUCGCCUCCUUUCUGGAGCUCGCAUCCGAGGGCAGUAGCUACCCGGGCUGGAAUGCGCUCACCGGUACCACCGAUCAGCUCGAGUGGCCGCACUGGUGCAUAGUGGUUGCCAUCUUGCUGAUACUGGUGUCCAUUCUGUGGAUUCCCGGUGUGGCCAUCUUGCGAUUAUGUGGCAUCAACGUGAUCGAAGACAGUGAGCCGGCCUGGUUCCCUUCGGCGGAGCUGCGUGACGUGCACGGUAUUGUACCGCACGAACCGACCGACAUUGAAAUAUCAUUGUUCUGCAUACGGGCCGACGGUUCCGAGGGACUCUGCUGUCCCAUCUACGGUCCGCGCGAACAGCCACUGGACGAGGAGGAGUAGGCAGGGGCCUGCUUACGGUGGGCAAAAUGCAUGUAAAAAAGAACAAACCUUUUCUCUCUACGCUCGUAAGGUACUCGUAAGGUUGACAAAACAGGAACGUCUAACGUACCAACUGAAAGAGCUAGUCGACGCUGAAGCCAUACUUACAUCCACGUCCACCAAGCAAAGCAUCCAAUAUAUAUAUAUAUACACCUUUACCCGCAACACAGCAACGUAUACACCUUAGAUGGAUCUACAGUUGCGUAAAAAGAAAAGCCAUCCUAUGCUAGCGUUUAAGUAUGAAUGUUCGAAUUUAGUGUUUAAACAUAAAAAAGGCAACACACUCCCACCACUCACACAUAAAGACACGGACACUAUGCAAAAAGAAGCAGUAGAGAGAGAGAGAGAAGAAAACACAAACAAUCAAACCAUCUAGAACAGUGCAAAACGCCACCCAAGGUGAGGGCGAGCGUAACUGACAAGACUUGAAGAUUAUACAACAAAAAACAAAAAAACAAAAAAACGAAAAUCUCCAUUCAUCAAUUAGCACUGCUAGUCCACCUUGUUGUCGCUAACCUACCGACUUUAGCAUAUCAAUGUGUUCCCAAUUGACGGUUAUUUAAUGUUGGGAUGUUCUUAACAGAAUCAUACACACAUAAACUCCACACACAUAGAUACACCUAAGUAAGGCAAAGAUCAAAUUUACGUGCUCUCCUGCGUGCACACUAAUAGCGAGUUAGCGAGAGCCGAACGGGCAUCAGCCUUAUGUUCAAUAUACGUCUGACAAUAAUCCUGUUGCCUGAUGCCUGCUGCUCCCGGAGGACGCUCCAUCAGGACCGUCCGCAAGUGUUCGUGGCUGCAUCUUGCUACACGACGAGCGACGUUUCAAACCGCGGGACAGAUACGACAAUAAUGUGCAACCAUGACUAAUACCAUGUUUAUCUAGAGAAACAAUACUAAUCUAAGAGUAUUAAUUGUUGAAUACAGUAUACAUAUUAUAUAUAUACACUCACACUCUCGUAGUCACGUAUAUCUGUACAUAUAAGUAAUUUAUAAUAAAGGACGACGUUGUAGAGUGGAUCAAAGUUGUUGCCAAACAAAA